CUCCCCUUCUAUCUUUCACCUUAUUCAUUCAUAUACACACACUAUUCCUAUUUCCCUCCCCUCAAACCUACUAUACUCACUCCCUUUCUUUCGGUGUCACUAACUGUGUGAAAACAUGACCAACAAAUCCCCCAUUUUCCCUUUUCAACAACCACCUCAACAUUUCAGUGACUAUGGUUUUGACCCUCAACUCGACUACUUUCAGGUGUUGGAAGAAGCAAGAAAACACAAACAACGUGAAACAAGUUCAUCAUUUAGAUCAUCAUCAUCAUCCAUUAUUGACAGCCUACAUUUCAAGCUUCAAAAGCCCAUCUCCAAAGACAACAAUAUUGACACCAGCAAAAAAAUCAAGAAAAACCAAAAACGUUGGUGGAAAAACGCCUUUCAUUUUUUCAAACGAAAACGCACCACCAACAAAUGUGACAAUUUGGUCUAUAGUAGUAGUGGCUCAAGUGCUCGUGUAUUUUCUGGACCCGUGUACUUCACGGACAGUAGUAGUACUAAUAAAAGUGGGUCCUCCACUCCGUACCAUCUUCGUAGCAGCCCGGCCUCGUCCGGGCCACUAGCUCGAGGUGAAUUCGAUAUUAGUAUACCUUAUAUUAGCCUCACCCAACUUAACAAUAUGGAUCAGACUCGUCAUCAUAAGAUGCCAACCUCGCCUCCUAUGCCAAUUUACUUGGUCACUUGAGACAGUCGUCGACCAAAGAAGUAUGUCACGUCAUUUGUAACACGAUUAAUUAAUUAGUACCUCUUCUCCUCCUAUGUCGGUCUACUGGUCCUAGCUAGAUGGUUUUUUUUUUUUAUCUACUAUUAAAAAAAAAUUAUUUUCAAAAGAAUUGAACUGGGGACCUUUAUUUGUAUGGCAUUAAAGUAAUGAUAAAAGCAGAGAUUGGUUGGAAAAAUGUAUAACUUUGUGGGUUGAUUAAAUAUUUUUGCAGAGUGAACUUUAUUGUUAAAUGUACCCAUGUUUUGACCAUGUUAUA